UUAUAGAAGUAAAGCUGUCAUACACACAAAAGGUGUGAAAACAGUAUAUUUUCCACUUUGAUGAUUGAAAUUAAUUUCAAAUAUCGUCAAACAAAUUUUUUUCCACUCUGUGUUAAUAAACAUUUAACAUAAAAUAAGCUCUUUAAUGAAAUGUAAAUUUUCUAUACAAAGAGUAUAAUUUUUUCUCAAUAAAAGCAAGUAUUGUCAGUGAUUCAAUAUAGCAGAAAUGACAACAAUACGAGUGCAUGGUGGAAUCGAUAUUUUACGAUUGCCAGUGAGUGAGGAAGAACAUAUUUUUCCACCCUGGUAUAUAAAAUAUACUCAAUCUCAUAUUCUACACUCAAAAUGCUCAAAAACGGAGGAAGGUUGCUCUGCCGACGAUCCGUCGUCGUGCCAAUUUUGCAUAUUCAAUCGAACUCUCGAUAUGCCACACAUGCCGGAUAUGGUUUUUCCAAAUAAUAUUUUACUUUUAAAGCACAAGGAUGGUGCGAUUUUAAAAUUUAACGCCCUCGACGCUUUAACACACGUUUCAAAUGGAAAAAUUAAUUUACAAUUAGCAUGUGCAGAAGCUUGGAAGGAAUCGAGAGCCGAUAGUAAAGAAUAUUUGGAGGAGAAGGUAAAGCCGUUCGAUUGGACAUUCACGACAGAUUAUAUGGGAACAAUGUCCGAUUUUAAAAUUGAAGAAACCGAUGAACGAAUUAAUGUCGAGAAUUUAAAGAGAAAGGAUAAAAUUUUGUUCUACGUCGAUUUGACACUAUUUGAGGAUGAAUUACACGAUAAUGGAAUUGCUGCCUGUUCGAUAAAAAUGAGAGUUAUGCCCACUAGUUUUUUCAUAUUACUGCGUUAUUUUUUGCGAAUUGACAACGUAAUGUUGAGGGUGAACGACACUCGAAUUUAUCACGAAUUCGGACACAAUUAUCUUCUUCGUGAAUUCACAACGAGGGAGGCAAAAGUUCAAGACAUUCGGGCCCCGCCGUGUUUGUUCACGGAACCAAACGAAAUAGCGCCUCAUCUUCCAUUGAAAAAAAGUCUCUAUCACAAAUUGAUAAUGAAAACCCCCACUGACGCAAAUUCAACAAAUUCAAAAGAGGAAACUCUCACAGUAAAUAAGUGCGACUCGAAAUCAACGCCAAGUGUCGCGAGUGAUUCAGAAAAAAUGUCAAACGAAAGUGAAAUCAGUUCGGUUACUUAAAUUUCCACUUUUUCAAUUAUUAUCCAUCACAAAAAUCACAAAAACGUUUUUUCUCGAAACAAAAAAACUAUUUUUAAAUGUCACUCGACAGAAAAAGAGAGAGAAAAGAAAUUUCAAAAAAUUGAACACUAUUUUUCAUGCUAAUGUUUGUUGAAAAUGUUAAUUUAGAUAUGAUAAUAAUCAAUUCCUGAUAAUUUCUCGCA